GGGGCGGGGGGCAGGGUUCUUGGCCAGGGUUAUAUUAAAAAGAAAACAAAAUUAUUGCACUUCUGCCAGGCAGAUAAGGGAGAGACGGAGCCUGGGACGGGGACAGAGAGAGAGAGAGAGAAAGACAGAGCAGAGAAACAGAAAGAAGGUGCAAAGGGCUGGAGCAGGGGGCAGAGGGCGGGGUAAGGAGGACGGAGGGAACGUGAAAGAGGAAAAAGAAGUGGAGAACCCAAGCGCUCAAAAGGCCGUGGCCCCGGGCAGCUGUGAGGAGCUUGCACCCACCCUCCCCCGCCUGCCAUGUCUGCCCCCCCGGCGCCGUCUGACCACGUGACAGUGAACAUGGCCACGGAAGAGGUCCAGAUCCAGCUGUGCCCGGACCCACGUCUGGUGAGCACGGCUACGGGCGGCGUGGAAGGCGCCUGCCACAGCUGCCUCCUGCCCUUCAGCGUGGUGGCGGCGCUGAUCGGGGUGGCGGUGACGGCCCUGGCCUACGCCCGGGAUGCCCAGGGCUUGGUGCUGGGGGUGCUAGGGCUGUCCCUGCUGGGUGCCGGGGUGCUGGGCCUGGCCGGGAGCUACAUGACCUACCGCUGCCGGGGCCGCAAGAUCAGGGGCUGGAGACGCGGCAGCUUCACCCUGCUGGUGGGGGACCAGCAGCAGAAGAAGGCGGUGGUGUGAGAGUCUGAUCCAGGUUGGCACG